AAGAAUCAGUGAGACUCUUGUGUCAUAUCGUCUUUCCCUUCCAAUUCCCUGAAUUCAGCACCAGAAAACAUGUCGGCGGACCAAAAAUUAACCAGCCUAGUCUUCGUUCCUUUCCCUAUAAUGAGUCACCUGGCAACAGCAGUGAAGACGGCGAAGCUCCUGGCCGACAGAGACGAACGCCUCUCGAUCACAGUCCUCGUGAUGAAGCUACCAAUUGAUACGCUGAUCAGUUCUUACACUAAGAACUCGCCUGACGCCCGAGUAAAAGUAGUCCAACUGCCCGAAGACGAGCCCACCUUUACAAAGCUGAUGAAAUCUUCCAAGAACUUCUUCUUUCGAUACAUCGAGAGCCAGAAAGGCACUGUCAGGGACGCUGUGGCUGAGAUUAUGAAGAGUUCGAGGGCGUGUAGGAUUGCAGGAUUUGUAAUCGACAUGUUCUGCACACCCAUGAUUGAUGUCGCCAACGAGCUUGGAGUCCCGACUUACAUGUUCUUCAGUUCGGGUUCAGCAACGCUCGGGCUCAUGUUCCAUCUCCAGAGUCUCAGAGAUGACAAUAAUGUGGACGUCAUGGAGUACAAGAAUUCAGAUGCUGCGAUAUCAAUACCCACAUACGUUAACCCCGUUCCUGUUGCGGUAUGGCCUUCCCCGGUGUUUGAGGAGGACAGUGGUUUCCUUGACUUUGCCAAAAGGUUUAGAGAAACCAAAGGGAUUAUUGUGAACACAUUCCUCGAAUUCGAAACCCACCAGAUUAGGUCAUUGUCUGAUGACAAGAAAAUCCCACCAGUUUAUCCUGUGGGGCCAAUACUUCAAGCUGAUGAGAACAAAAUUGAGCAGGAAAAGGAAAAGCACGCGGAAAUCAUGAGGUGGCUCGACAAGCAACCUGAUUCUUCUGUAGUGUUUCUUUGCUUUGGUACGCAUGGAUGUUUGGAAGGGGAUCAGGUGAAGGAGAUUGCUGUGGCCCUGGAAAACAGUGGACAUCGGUUUUUGUGGUCCCUGAGGAAGCCGCCUCCGAAAGAAAAGGUUGAGUUUCCAGGAGAGUAUGAGAAUUCAGAAGAAGUUUUACCAGAAGGGUUCCUGGGACGAACUACUGACAUGGGUAAAGUUAUCGGAUGGGCGCCUCAAAUGGCAGUGUUAUCUCACCCUGCGGUGGGAGGAUUUGUGUCGCACUGUGGGUGGAACUCUGUGUUGGAAAGUGUGUGGUGUGGGGUGCCGAUGGCCGUGUGGCCGUUGUCUGCAGAGCAGCAGGCCAAUGCAUUCUUGCUAGUAAAGGAGUUUGAAAUGGCAGUUGAGAUUAAGAUGGAUUAUAAGAAAAAUGCUAACGUGAUUGUGGGCACAGAGACGAUAGAGGAAGCAAUCAGACAGCUAAUGGACCCAGAGAAUGAAAUUCGGGUUAAGGUGAGAGCAUUGAAAGAAAAGAGCAGAAUGGCCCUAAUGGAAGGAGGGUCUUCGUACAAUUACUUGAAACGUUUCGUCGAGAAUGUCGUGAAUAACAUUUCUUGAAAUAGUACUUGUGUCAGCUUUAGGUGAGGUCCAGGGCAAUACAUCUAUCUUUUACCAUCAUGUUUAUUUUCCUCCAAUAAAAAUAAUUAUUUUACACCAAUUUAAAUCCAAAAUUUUUGUUUUAUCACU